GACAGAGUUCCUCCCCCAUUACUCCUCAUCCUACGCCAUGACUCGGAAGGACUCACUCGUUUUCGCAUACUAUUGCUCUGGGCAUGGCUACGGCCAUGCGACACGCGUCUCCGCGUUCGCCCGCCACCUUCUUAACCUCGAUUCUCGGAUGACGGUACACAUUAUCUCGUCUGCUCCAAGGCAUGUUUUCAACGACAGCAUUAGUCUCGGGGUCCUCUAUCGUUUCGCCGAAAUCGACCCAGUUGUUGUACAGCCCGUGGCAUACCGGGUCGAUCGUCACAGGAGUGUUGAAGCUCUCAGGUCCUUUUUAGCGCGCAAGGAAUCUCUUCUGGAGAAAGAGAAAAAGUGGCUGUUCGACAUACAGGCUGACUGUGUUCUUAGCGAUGCUGCCUUCCUUGGAUGUCUUGCCGCAAAUGUUGCGGGGUUGCCUUCCAUCCUCAUCUCAAAUUUUACAUUCGACUCCGUAUACAGCUUCCUUUCAACAAAAUUUGUGGACCAAGUCGAUGUGUCUCUCGGAGAUGAACUUCCGAUGGAUAAUCACAGUCCGGACUGUCCAAUCUCAGACGAUGAGCUUAAUCCUUUGGUUCAACAGAUAUAUGAUGGUUACCGCUGCGCGGACCUUCUUGUUCGACUUCCCGGAUGUAUACCUAUUCCAUCGUUCUCGACUUCCCCAUCAUUACCAGCGCCACCCUGGACUGACCAGGGCAGCAACACACUCCUAGAUGAGAUUGUAGAUCAUCUUGUCCAGAAGCCCACUACGCAUCUACUCCAUCCUUCGAUACCUUUCGCCAAUUCGCAUCCUGAGAAACCGCUUGCGCGUAGCAUCAUCCAAGCUCCCCUUCUCGUUCGCGGUAUUAGCAAGGGCCCAGACACAGUUUAUUCCCCCAUUGGUCGAUCCCGAUUUCUUUCGUCGCUUGGUGUCCCUGAACAUCUACACAAUCCAGAUGAGACGAAGAUUCUAAUUGUUUCAUUUGGCGGACAGGUCUUCCAGAGGCCAUCAUCCAGUCGUGGGAGCAGCACGGGUAACUCAAGUCCAGGAUGUAGAACACCUCAAAGUUAUCCUCCUACGGAGCUACAGCAAAUUCCCGAUAGCCCGCAAAUGUCAAAGAUACCUCCUUGCAAUGACGCUCUCAGCAAAAUGGACCGGUCAUACUGUUGUUCCAGCAUCCCUCGUGUCAUCAAGCACGAACGGAGCCCUACGUUUGACAAUUUAUGCGCGAUGUUGACCAAAACAAAGUCUUCUUUCAAGAAUACUACCCAUUCAUAUUCCGAUCCCGAUCCCUCGGUUUCGGACAUGAUGUUUAAUCAUGCUGUAGAUGACUUCGACACACGGCUGUUACCGGACUCGUCAUGGAUCGCAAUUGUAUGUGGAGUGUCAAAAUGGGGUCCGGAUGGGGCAGACGAACAGCCUCCUGACAGGUUUUUUGUCGCCCCUAAAUACGUCUACAUGCCUGAUCUGACAGCUGUGGCUGACGUUCUGCUCGGCAAACUAGGAUAUGGGACGGUUUCGGAAUGCGUCGAUUCUUGCACGCCUUUCGUUUAUGUCGCACGUCCACUUUUUGUGGAAGAGCAUGGCCUGAGGCUGCUACUCGCACAGGAAGGAGUUGGAAUCGAACUCCCUCGAGUCGCUUAUGAGGCUGGCGACUGGGCUUCUGCUGUGGAAGAGGCAUGGUCGUUGGGCCGCGAUACGAAAGCGGAAAUGCGUAGGAAAGGUAUGUUAGGUGUUGGAAUGAAUAAGCGAGAAGAAGAAGGCGCGUUACUUGCGGGACAAGUGACAGAUUGGGUCAGGGCUUGGCACGAUUCGAUAGCGCAGAGGACGAUAUCCGAGAUCUGAUGUCUGUCGCGAUGGAUCGCUAGAGGCGGCGGCGACCUUCAUUGUCUACAUUAUAACAUAUCAUACGUUAAUACAUACCACACCCUCAGGGCUGCGUUUGCAUAAUACAUUGACACCAAUUAGAAUUCUGUCGUACUAUCACUCACUUAAGACAUCAUGUGCUGCAUGGAGCUACAAUGAGCACGAAGACCCUGUUUUUGCAUUCCGAUUGACUGGGCGGUUGAUUAUCUCC